GUCUUUGGUUUUAGAUGGUUUGCACCGACUUCAGUGGAAACAAGCAGUUCAGUGGUGCAGUUGUUUGUUGUUGAGGUCCUCCCAGAGAUCAAAGCAAUGGGUCAAACAGUCAAACAUAGUUAGUAUUGCCCUUAACAUUAGCCAGUGAUAUUUUAAUGUUAGAUGUGACAAUCAAAAGCUUCUAUUUAAUUAUAACAGCUGUACAUAUUUUUCCAUUAAUACAAAGAGUGACAAACUUCUGGUUUUGUGCAAAACAAAUCGAUCCAUUAUUCAGCUUAGUUCAGUUAUUUCAAUCGGAAAAAUAAGAAAAUAAAAGUACCUGUUGUUUUUGUGAAGUCUUUUUGGGUGAUCACAGCUUAAUGGUGUCUAGUUCAACAUGUCCAGCCUAGUAAACCAACAUUGUUCAUCCAUCGAAAGACAAGAGAUAACAAGUUAUGUUAAAGUAGUGGGCUUGUCUGUGGAGUCCAUCCUGAAAAGGUUUAUUUAGGCUUAGCAAUGUGGACCCCAACCCAUAAUCCUCCUGCAGACACACCUGUGGAGGAGAGUAUAAAGAGCCUGGGCUGAAGUGAGUCAAACAUCGAACUUCAAGGAGUCUCUCCACAGCAGCUCUCCACAGAAGCUCCAGAGCCACCCGACCCACCCUGAAGAUGGUUCCCUCUGUCAGCCUGCUGCUGCUGCUGCUUGGCCUCUCUCUGGCACAUCCUCUCAUGGAGGAAGGAAGUGAAACAGAUAGGGAUGAAGAUGACGCUAUUGACAUCACCACCAGGAUUCUGACAUCCAACAACGCCACCAAUGAGAUCCUACUGGAAGGAGACUUGUUAGCUCCCAGAACCAGAAAUGCCAUGACAUGUUGGUCCCAGAACUGCUUGUGGGGGAAAGCAUCCAACGGCCUGGUGAUGAUCCCCUUCACCAUGAGCGGUGAGUUCACCAGCUGGGAGAUUCAGAAGAUCAACUAUGCCAUGCAGGCCUUCCACAGCACAACCUGCAUCCGCUUUGUACCCCGUCAGAACGAGUAUGACUACAUUAGCAUCGAGAACAAAGCUGGAUGUUUCUCCUCUCUGGGCAGACAGGGAGGGAGACAGGUCCUCUCUCUCAACAGGCAGGGCUGCCUCUACCAUGGCAUCAUCCAGCACGAGAUCAACCACGCUCUGGGCUUCCAGCACGAGCAGACCAGGAGCGACCGCGACUACUACGUCAGGAUCAACUGGGAGAACAUCGAUCCACAGAUGGCCUACAACUUCUACAAGCAGGAUACUAACAACCUGAACACUCCGUAUGACUAUUCCUCCAUCAUGCACUACGGAAGAACAGCUUUCUCCAUCCAGUAUGGCAUGGACUCCAUCACCCCCAUCCCUGACCCCAAUGUUCAGAUUGGCCAGAGGCAGGGCAUGUCCUACUGGGACGUCAUGAGGAUCAACCUUCUCUAUGGCUGCUGACAAUAAUACUUGUGAUCUAAUGUUACCACUCAGCAAAACAAAUGUAGCUUUUUCACACUACAUGUAGUUUAUGAAAAGCUACUCCAAUCUAUGAUCAGCAAGUUAAAGAAUAAUUGUGUAAUUCCUUGUAAUAAAGUUAAUGAAAGC